CUCCCCUUCUUCGGUCCGCCCCGCCCCCUCCCCCGCCCCACCGUCACAAAGAGGGUCUCCUACUUCCCCUCGCGUCCAUAGUUGCUCGCGCGCCUCCCAAGAACUCGGCCUCCAACACCUCGCUUCUCCAACCCUAAUAAUGGAGAAAUCCCUCGAAAUCGAACUGUGAUCGAGAGCUCUGCGUCGACGAUGCGGCCCGCCGGUGCCAGGCUAGCCUUAUGGUGUGCUCGGGGGAUUCUGAGAUCUAAGCUCCCCAUCCUCGAGGAAUCGCCAAUCCCUUCCCUUGAGGGUUGUUCUCGCCGGUUUGCUGCGGGGAUUUGCAGUUCUUCUCGUGUUUUGGCGGAUGGGAAUUCCGAAACAGCGAACUGGAGGUUUGGGAUUUCGAGUGGAACGUUUCAGGGGCACUAUUUUCCAAGCAGGUCAUUUCAUGGAACAAGAUUGAUGUCCGCAAAAGACUAUUAUGAGGUACUUGGAGUGAGCAAGAAUGCAAGCGCUUCAGAAAUCAAGAAAGCAUAUUAUGCGCUUGCAAAGAAGCUACAUCCUGAUACAAACAAAGAUGAUGCUGAUGCUGAAAGGAAAUUCCAAGAAGUUCAGCGUGCUUAUGAGGUCUUAAAAGAUGAGGAAAAGCGUUCACUUUAUGACCAGGUUGGUCCUGAUGCAUUUGAACAAGCUGCUUCAGGAGGUGGUCCUGGUGGACCAUUUGGAGGUGCUGGAUUCAGCAACCCAUUUGAAGACUUAUUUAGUGGUGCUGGCGGAAUGAAUGAU